AUGGUCUCUCUCCGCGGCGCUCCAACCCGCGAUGGCCAGUGGCCGGCGUUCCAGAUCGCCAGACAGGCUCGGAGGCGGUGUGUUCUUCUGGCGCAUCAACCAGGUGCCCCCAGCGCCCAGCAUGCCACCAAGCUCUCUCCACUUGCUUCUCCCCUUUUUUUUGUGGAGGCCAACUACACCGGCGCCGGCGCCAGCGCUGAACGGCUCAUUUUGUCCGUCCUGGAGAGCUUCGGAGUCUCACGCGCCUCAGUGCCGGAAGGCGCUCGGCUCGUGUGGGCCAAUUGCUUCGAAGCCAAGCUCUGGGCCUCGGCAGGGCAUUGCUUCAUCAACCACUUUCCUCGCUCGGUGGAGCUCUCGCACAAGCACCGGCUCUGUGCGACGCUGCGGCUUCAGCGGUGCCUCCCUCGGAGCUUUGUGCUGCCCAAGGAACGCUUCGAGUUCCUGCAGGCCGCCUCUCCAGGCACCCAUUGGAUUGUAAAGCCUGGCCGUGGAGGAGGUGGACGUGGAGUCCAGGUCUUCCAACGUGGGGCCUCACCAGAGGCUGAGGAGGAGCUCCUCGAGUCCAUUGGCACCUCGUGCCCGGCCGUGGUGAGUCAAUAUGUGGAGAAACCCCUGCUGGUGGAAGGCAAGAAGGUGGACUUGCGCUUGUAUGUGCUCGUGACCUCCUUCGGCCAGGCGGGUCAGGCGGCGGAGGCGGGGACGUGCCAGGCGUAUCUCUUCAACGAGGGCUUGGUGCGCUUCGCCAGCGAAGCCUUCACCAUGUCGGCAGCGCAGCUGGGCAACCCCUGCGUGCAUCUCACUAACAACGAGGUCAAUGCGAAGCAUGCGAAACAAAAUGGGCCUGGGCAAGCGAACUGCGGGAACUGGCGCCUGUCAAAGCUUCUGAAGUGGUUGAAAGAUUCAACAGCCUUUGCUCCUGACAAUGUGGAGGCACUUUGGCCGCGCAUCCGAGCGCUGGUUUGGGAGGUGCUUGAAGCUGCGAGGCCCACGAUCGCCCAAGCGGUCGCACAGUUGCCGGUGACCGACCGGUGCUUUGAGCUUUUUGGCUUUGAUGUUCUAGUGGAUGAUGCGCUGCGACCGUGGCUUUGCGAGGUGAACUCGUUGCCAUCGUUGGGCAUCGGCGGAGCCGCCGAUCUGGAGGUGGACCGUGCCAUGUUGCUGAACCUCUUUGAGAUCCUUUGGAAGGAUAUCUCUGCGUCAACCGUCGGCGACGGUGAAGCACUGCAAGUGGAACGCUUUGAAUCACUGGGUGCGGGCGAGACAACAGCCGCAGACUGCGCCGAAAAAGGAGCAUGA